AACAACCACACUUUGACAUUUGUAUCGCAUGUAGUACAUUUUCAUCUUCCGCGGAAAAUUUCUUUUUUUAUGCCGAAUGUAAAGAAAGUGCGUGUGGUUUUUCCUCUGUUGUGUAAAUAUAUGGCGGAAUAAGAAAAUCGAUUAUUAUUCCAAAUAAAACGCAAUAGUUCAUUCAUGCGAAUCUACGUGUAAAUUGAAGGAAUUUAUAAUCCGUGCGAUCCUCGUGUUUUUGUUCCGGUUGUUUUAGAUUUGCUCAAUAUUCCCGUGCUUGCGAAGUAAUUGUAGCUGUUUGAUUAAAAAGACUCAUUUACAAAUAAACCAAGUAGUGCUUUAAAAUACCAACAAAACAUAUUUCCAAGUAUAAUUCUGUUCUUCCACUCAUACCCGAAAGCGACGUAGGGGUACGUCGUGCAAAAAAUAGCAAAAGUGGAUUCCGUAAAGAUUGAAGAUUUAAUGGAUUCUGAUCCUGACAUCGAAAUCAUCGAAAAGGAUAGCGGAAUGUCAUCAUUGGGCGGAAGCAAAGACGAAACACCAGAACGACGGGCUAUUGAAAAAGUUACGGCGCCUAAAAAUUCAGACGAAGAAAAUUACGACGACGAACCAGAUGAAACCCUAGGCGAACGCCUUUGGGGUCUAACAGAAAUGUUCCCGGAACCAGUCCGACGAUUAACUGGCAAAAUGGUCGAUCUUACAACCACCAGCAUUAAGGGUCUGUACUCAUUUUCGUGCAAUGCUUCCUGGAUUUUCUUUACGAGUUCAGUUAUUUUGUUUGCACCCGUUAUAUUUGAAACGGAACGCGCACAAAUGGAAGAGAUGCAGAAGUCCCAGCAGAAGCAGGUGCUACUAGGUCCAGGUACGGCGAUGGAUCGUGCUGGUCCACCACCAUCGUUACCACUUAUUCGUUAAGUUUGUAUAACUUCAACUGAUAAAUUUGUAAGAAAAGAAAGAAAAUACCCCGCAAAACCAAAAUAAUUAAUCCUCUUCAAAUUAAUCAAGAAAUACAAUCUGGCAAGAGGAAAAUUCCUGUAACGCGUUCAUCGUUUAUUGAUAAACAAAAAUGCAAUUUUCUUGUAGACGUAAAAUAAAAUUAAUUACUAUUGAAAAUA